ACGACUACGACGACAACUUCUACGUCGGCUACGAACCACGUCGAGUACGUCGACGUUCUCGCGCACAUUUUAUUCCUCAGUCUGCAACGGAACUUCGUCGUUGUAACUUCGUACCAUUAAUUAUUGUUGUUAUUGCUCGUUGACGUUUUUGUUUUUAAUCCUUCGUGAUUCGCGUAAUUCUUUUUUUUUUCUUUAUAUUUUUUUUUUCCUCUCUCUCACUUUCCCAAUUUUUGACAUGAUUUACCCUAAUUGAUUGAUUUCAUUCCUGGUAUUGUAAAUAGGUCGUAUCAAUUGUUAAAUCAUAUCAAAUGACGUAUUAGUGAUGGUGUUAUUGAUUUGAUAUAUUUUCAAAGAAAGUUAGUGUAAUGGUGGUGAUGGUGGUGAUGAUAAUUACCGGUGACAGUCGACUACUCGAUGACAUGAGAAAUUAAUGAGAUCAUCUGGAGAAAUCGAUGUCACACUAAACACUUCGUUCAUCUAACUCAGUCGUCUCAUUUAUAUAUUUUUUAUUUAUUUACUUUUCUAUUUGACGCGUUUUAAAAGAAUAUAUUUUCUUCAUGUAUAAUCUAAUCUAACGAAUGUGGGAAGAAAACAGAUAUGGAAUAUACCAGGAGAUUCAAUAUAAUGAACGUUCAUGGGAAAAAUCGAGAUUUGAAAAGAAAAAGAACAAGGUGGAACAAAGGGAAUGUGGAAUAUUGAAGUUAAAAGUUUUGGAAAUGCCGGUACCAUCACCAUCACCAUCACCACCGGUAAUUUCCAAUUGGAAAAACGAGGCUGAGUUUGAAUCUGUCAGCCAAAUUCGAAGGACGACAUUUGAUUGUUCAUCGAAAGGGGAAACGCGAAUUUAACAACAAUAUGAUGAUGAUGAUGUGCAAGCCUAAAUUGUCGCGCUUAGUCGAGUGCUUUUGUAGUAGACCCGGUAUUGUUUUACUAAUUCUUCCGUGUCUAGUACUUGUUACGUUAUAUCUUGUUUCCGAAGAUAACAUCGAUUAUACGAAUUUUCAAUAUCCGUCCUACAAAUUCUACAACGAUACUAAUGGUACGAUGGACGGUUUCCUAGUAUGGAAUCCAAAAUGUCAUAUGUUAUCGAAGGACGCCUUAGAUCCGUCCAUCGUAAAGUUCAUUAAAAGGGAAAAGUUCGAGGCGUGUUUUAAAGAAAAAUUAUACACGCGAAUAUCGAAAGGUGCUAACGAUACCGUGACCCUUCUCCUAGAUCCAAAAGUCAUGGCUAAUCAUAAAAAUAUGAAUUGUUGUUGGUCGCCAGUAAUCAGACCGAUCUUUGAUAAUCCGAUAAAGCAUAAAUUCGAUUCAAUGAUUACAGUUAAACAAUGUGAAAGUUUGAAAAUGCAAGCAACGAUACCGGACGACGUUGAAGUUGUAUUGGUCACUUGUAAAACAAAAACGAAGAAAGGAAAAACGUUGACCAAUUACGAAAACGUUCAUGCCAUUUUGAAUCCACGGAAAGUCAAUGAUCGUUUGGAUAACCUGACAACAACGAAUAACAAUGUAACUUAUGGUCCCAUGAGAAAAUUGAGUAUUCUAGUUCUCGGUAUUGAUAGUGUAAGCCGAUUGAAUUUUCAAAGGAGCAUGCCAAAAACAGAAAAGUAUCUACGUGAGACAGGUUGGAUCAAUUUAAAGGGAUACAACAAAAUGGGGGACAAUACUUUUCCAAACUUGAUGGCUAUUUUAACCGGUCAAAAUCAAGAACAAGCUCGUACCAGAUGUAAACCUUCCGAAGCAUACAAACUCGAUCGUUGUCCAUUUCUUUGGUAUAAUUUUCGCAAUGCAGGAUACGUCACUGCAUACGGCGAAGAUGAAACCGCAUUGAACACGUUUAAUUAUCUAAAAGUAGGUUUUGUUCAACCACCUACAGAUUAUUAUUUACGACCUUACAUGUUGGCAAGUGAAAAACUUCUUAAAUCGAAAAACAGAUUUAAUUUGAAGUAUUGCACCGGUCCCGAAACAAGUUUCGAUAGGAUAUUUAAUUAUGCUAUGGACUUUGCCGAAACUUUUGUCAACGUACCAUACUUUGGAUUUUUUUGGACCAAUACUAUAAGCCACGAGAACGUUAAUGAAUUAUCAUCGAUGGAUUCUCAGAUAUAUCAAAGAUUGAAUACUCUUCAAAAAGAAGGUGUACUUAACGACACGAUGAUUGUUUUCUUGAGUGAUCACGGCAUGCGUUGGGGUAGUCUCAGAGAAACGUUUGUUGGUUGGUACGAAGAAAGAUUACCUUUUAUCUAUAUAUGGUUACCUGAUUGGUUCCGUAACGAAAAUCCUGACGCUUAUCAGGCUUUAAAAAUAAAUGAAAAUCGUUUGACAUCACCUUUUGAUCUUUAUGAAACGUUCAGAGAUAUUUUGUUAACAUCUGGCGGAGAUGCCGAUGUUUCUCCAGGUUGUCCAAGCUGUUACAGUUUGUUCGAGCCAGUACCAAGAUCAAGAUCUUGUCAGGAUGCUGCAGUUGCACCACACUGGUGUGCCUGUACUGCAUUCAGAACGACUAGUCCCGAUGAUAAAAUCGUUCUAGGGGGUGUUGACAGUUUUUUAAAUCACAUGGAAAAUAUCGUUAAGGAUUACAAGGAUAAGAAUGGUAAAAGAUUGUGCGCCAAAUUGAAAUUGAAAAAAAUACACCGUGUUGAUCAGAUCAUCAAUUUCGAGGAUAAGAAUUCUAUGAGCAUAGGAUAUUUCUGUAUGAUACAAGUUACACCGGGAAACGCUAAAUUUGAGUUUACCGUACGAUACAAUAGCAACGGUAGUUAUACCGUGUCCGAUCAUGAAGUGAGUAGAAUUAAUCUUUAUGCUACUAGUGCCAAGUGUUUGAAUCAUGGUAUGAAACAGUAUUGCUAUUGCGUUAAAUAGUAUUAAAAAUCUUCGAUUCCAUUAUUUUUUAUCUCUAUCCUUGAAAAUAGUGCUCUGUGUUUUUCUUUUUUUUUUUUUUUUUCAAAUUAGAUCUCCAAUAUUUACUAAUUCUAAGCGUUUUAAUAAACGUUAACGUAACAGUUACGUAAAAAGCUCAGGAAACUUGCGGGAAGGUCGUUCGAAUAUUAUAUUUUAUUCAUAAUUAUCGUAUAACAAUUGGAGACAAUUUAUAUUUAAUGAACUCUUGAAUUGAUUAUUAUUUUCAUAUUUAUUUAUCAUUUUAAAUGAUGAAUUAAUUAUCAUUUUGAUCUUAUACAACGAAGUAUAUAUUAUAAAACAGAAAAAAAACUUAAAGUUCGAAUAGUAAAAUCAAAUGGCAUGAUAUAUUAUUUUAUGUUUAUAUUUCAAAAAUUAAAAAGAGAAAGAGAAAAUAUUCCAAGAUAAAUUGUAAAGAUAUGAUAAACGCAAAUCGUGUAAUUAAUUUUCAAUUAUUUUUCAUUAUCCUUCACUUUUCUAAAUUUUAAUACGAGAGGCCUACAAAUGUAAAUAAUA